AUGUAUCUAAGAGUUACGUCUCGUCCGGAUAUCUGUGCGGCGGUGAACUACUUUGCUGGGUUUCAAUGUUGCGCAUCUGAGGAGCAUUGGGUGCACCUGAAAAGGGUAUUGCGAUAUCUUCGAGGUACGGCGGAUCACCAACUCGUAUAUCGGCGUACAGAAUCGGAACAACUGGUGGUGUUUGCUGAUGCUGAUUGGGGUACUGACGUCAACGACAGGAAAUCGGUAUCCGGCUUGGUGAUCAAACUUUAUGGGCAAACAGUGGCUUGGUCUACCAAGAAACAAUCGUCCGUAGCCUUGUCGUCGACAGAAGCGGAACUCAUGGCACUCUGUCAGGCCAGCUGCGAAGUGAUGUGGAUCGUAAACUUGUUGAGGUCUGUUCAAUGGGAGGUCAGUGAGCCAAUAUCAGUCUUUGAAGAUAAUCAGCCAUGUAUCUCGGUUGUACUGGAUCCACGCAAGCUGAAACGGAUGAAGCAUAUCGAAGUCCAGUAUCAUUUCCUGAAGGAGUUGAUCGAGAAGGGUAAACUGGUUCUAAAAUAUCUGGAGACGGGUGAGCAGCUCGCCGAUAUGAUGACCAAGGGUUUGCCGGCGCCGCGGUUCCGGAAAUUCAGAGACAUGCUAGGAGUAGUUAAUUGA